CGUUAAGGCCGAACGCCGUUUUUCCCUGCAUCAUCGUGCCCGCUGUCACAGUUUCACUUCGAACUGCUGGAAAGUGCUGGAAAGACGGGACCCAAGCGACGGUCCAGGCCCGACACCGACACGCAUUUCAGUACCCCGUAUCACUCUCUAUCAACUCUGUUUCUGGUGUAUUUCUGCAGUGUGUGUGUAGCCGAAAAUAAUAAAUAAAAAAAGAUAAAAACGCUCGCACUCCUCCUUCGAGCGGCACCAAUCAACUCCAAAAUCAAACUCAACACACACACGGCCGGCUUGGUUUGGGGCAGCCUCGAAGCACCCGACCAUGGCAAGGAUACCGGGACGCUUGUUGCAGCGGUGCAGCCCGCGAUGGAACGCUUGGAGCGGGCGCGAGUGACAGGCUUAGGACGUUGCCACGCCAUCUGAUCUCCGUGUGGCACAGUGAGUGUGGCGCCGAGUAGCCUCGUGCGUCGGCAGCGAUACAGCACCAUCAUUAACGUGUGUUUGUGUGUGAACUGUGUCAAAAAAACGACACAAAAACGGUGCCCCAACUACGGCAGUGGAGAAAACAAAUCGAAAUUAAAGUCCCAUCAGUCCCCUGAAGAGAGUGGUUGGGCCCCACGCCCGUUGUUCCUCAGUGGUGUUAUCAUUUCGGGCUCAAAGUAAACAAGUGUGGCAGGAGAGGGAAGCAACAAAAGCAAAACGUAAAAAAAAAGUGUCACAAAUUGUGUAAAUCGAAGAAGAAGAAACAAAAAACACACACACACUAAGGACACCGGAUUGGAUUGCGACCGCACUUUCAACCACUGCAGGACAUUUGACGCGCGGGUUGGCGAAUUAUGAACAUCCGAACGGGGCACCAGCAGCAGCAGCAGCAUCAGCAGCAGUACUUACCGCAGUCACAGCCCCAGCCAGGACGCCGACAGGGUCCGGAACGCGACGAGCAGGAGGACGACGACGACGCUGCGUGCUAGUGCGAUGGUGCUCAGCACGGAGUGGUCCCAGGUGGAGAUCAUCGACCUGAUCAACGAUGGCAACGGGCUCGGCUUCAUGCUGGUCGGGGGCCGCAGCACGGGCGUCGUGAUCAAGGCGCUCAUACCGGGAUCGGUGGCCGAGCGGGACGGCCGGCUGCAGAGCGGCGACCACGUGCUGCAGAUCGGGGACGUGAACCUGCGCGGCUUCAGCUCGGAGCAGGUCGCGACCGUGCUGCGCCAGUCCGGCCAGCAGGUGCGCCUGAUCGUGGCCCGGCCGGUCGAGCCGACCUCGCCCGACUACCAGGCGCUGGCCAGCCAUGCGCCCAUCAUCCCGACCAAGAUGCUCACCGAUCCGGACGAGCUCGACCGGACGCUGCUGCAAACGUCCGGCUACACGUCCGGUGCCUUCCUGCAGCCGGCCGGCCCCGGCACGCUCGGCACGCUCGGGCUGCUGGCGGCGGCGACGGCCCCGACCAGCGCUGGCCAGCCGGACGGGGCGGGGCUCUGUCCCACCCACAUCGAGGUGGUCGCGGUAAACAACAGCAGUCUGAACGGCGGCGGCCCGCUCGACUCGUCCAACGGUGGCCCGCUGGCGCUCAUUUCGCCCACCUCGAUCGCGCUGCCCGCCCUGCCCCCGCACGCACUGCACUGUCCGGCGGCCCUGCUAGCGGAGGCGGGCGUCGACGGGCUGCCGCUGGAGGUGGUCGGGCCGCUGCCGCCCGCUCCCCCGCUCGGUACGCCCCAGUCGCCCCAGUCGGUGUGCGGCGGCGGCGGCGGCGGCGGCGGCGGCGGCCCGCCCGACACGCCCGAAACGGAAACGUACGAGGUGGAGCUGCGCAAGAACGUGUACGGGCUCGGCAUCACCGUCGCGGGGUACGUCUGCGAGGAGGAGGACCUGUCCGGCAUCUUCGUGAAGAGCAUCAUCGAGGGCAGCGCGGCCGAGAUGAGCGGCAAGAUCGCCAUCAACGACCGGAUCGUGGCGGUCGACCAUCGGUCGCUGGCGGGCGUCACCAACCACCAGGCGGUCGAGAUACUGCGCAACACGGACAUUGCGGUGCGGCUGACGCUGGAGCGGUUCCUGCGCGGCCGCAAGUACGAGCAUCUGCAGGUGGCCCUCAUCGACCCGAUGGUGCCGAUGGCGCCGGGCAGCGGGCAGUGCAGCGGGCCGCCCAGCGGUGGCGUCGGGGCGGCGUGCCACGGCGAGCGGACGGGCCGCAGCAACGGCACGGCGCACCAAGCGGGCCGGGCGGGCAGUGGGGGCGACCUGGCGGGCAUGGUGCUGUCCCACUCGCAGACGCUGUCGCACUGUGCGUCCCAGUGCCAGUCGCAGCGCUGCUCGAUCGUGCAGUCGCCGUCGGCGACGACGCUCUCCAUCUGCCCGGCCCGGUCCGACGCCGACUCGAUACUGACCGAGUGCGGGGGGUACGAGUGUGGCGGCAUCGAGCCGGAGCUGGAGUCGGGCACGACGUUCGAUUCGAGCGUGUUCGCGCUGGAAAACGGGACCGAGGUGGCGUCCGGCGACGAGCUGCUCCUGCUAGACGACGAACCGCACCCCGAGCUGGAGCAGGAGGAGCACGAGGAGGAGGAGGAGGAUGGGGAGGAGCAGCCAGGAGCGCGGUACGCGAACGGGGCGAUGCCCGCGCCGCCGCCGACCCGCACCUCACCCCCCACCGGCGACAGUGACAGCUGUGAUACGCGAACGGCGCGCGGCCGCAGCGCAGGCGACGAACCCGGCGACCCGAUCGUGCAGCGGUGGUCGCGCGAGGUCCCGCACAGCCAGAUCGUGGUGGCCGACAUCCGCAAGCUGGCCGGGCUCGGCAUCAGCCUCGAGGGCACGGUCGAGGUGGAGGGCGGGGUCGAGGUGCGGCCGCACCACUACAUCCGCUCGAUCCUGGAGGACGGGCCGGUCGGGCGGGACGGCCAGCUGAAGCCGGGCGACGAGCUGCUGCAGGUGAACGAGCACCGGCUGCAGGGGCUGAAGCACAUCGAGGUGGUGAAGAUACUGAAGGAGCUGCCGGCCCAGGUCCGCGUCAUCUGUGCGCGGGGCAGCUCGCCCCCGACUGUGAUCAACACGUCGCGCAACGCGGAAGCGUUCGAGGCGCGCAGCCUGCUGGCGGGCGGGCUGCAGAGCCUGCAGAGCCUGCAGGGCAUCCUCACCAAGGCGCAGUCGGAGAGCUCGCUCUACACGUCCAGCACGGCCACGCUCACCGACCAGCAGCGGUCGAAAUCGGUCGAGCAGGUGUCCGGGCUGGCGCUCUGGACGCACGAGGUGCUCUACUGCGACAUCGAGAAGACGGAGCGGGGCUUCGGCUUCUCCAUACUGGACUACCAGGAUCCGCUCGACACGGACGGCACGGUGAUUGUGGUGCGCGGGCUCAUACCGGGCGGGUCGGCCGAGACGACCAACUUCAUCUUUCCCGGCGACCGGCUCGUCUCGGUCAACGGGCACAGCCUGCAGAACGCGACGCUCGACCAGGCGGUCAGCAUACUCAAGGGCAUACCGCUCGGCCCGGCCCGGAUCGGGCUGUGCCGGCCGCUCUCCACCUCCGACAACAACCUUUCCUCCACGCCGGAAACGCCGACCACCUAGCGCGGGCAGUGGCGCGAGUGCGGCCACCCGUACGGAGCCAGCUGGCCGCAGACGCCCACAUUCUUCCAUUAGCUUCAGGGCCGGUCCCCCCCCCCCGGGUCGGUGGUGCAGCGGCCAUGCGGUGUGCGCAGCGUGUGCGUGUGUGCUCAAUCAAGCGUGCCUUUUCCGGUGGGCAAAUGAAGGCAUCCGACAUUAUUCAGGGGCGGCAACCGCUGUACAGUGACUGCUUCAUCUUGCCUUAGGUAGGCCUCCGCACCAAGUCCUGCUCGUUCGCCGAUGCUAAUUUAUGUCUCCAUCAAUAUUCAUUCCCCCCC